UCAUCAGCGGACUUGGGCGUUGUACUCCGCAUCUCAUUUGCGGCGGGGCCAAUUUCUCCAUUAAGGAACUCCGUUCGGGGAAAAAAUCGAAAGAAUUCGCGUCUUUCGCACCUUCGCUACUUUUUCCUUGUGCAAGCGCUCGCACGUCCUUUUGUGGUCAUCGUGAUUCCGUGCUGAUUCCUCGGCUUCGGUUGCAGAAGGGGGAGUCGGCGUUUGACUUGAUUUUUCUGGAGAGGAAGCUUGCGGUCUUUGUUCAUUCAUUUGAUCGGUUGGGUCCCUUUGUUGGAACAAAAGCAUGGGAGCACAAAUCUCCAAAACCGCUGGAAAAGAGGAAGCCGCCGUGGAACAGCCAGCAGAAGGUGCAGCCGUUGCAGCAAAGACGAACGGACAGGAAAAUGGCCACGCCAAGACCAACGGGGAUACCUCUCCUGCUACAGAGGAAGUCAACAAAGCCGAAGUGCAGGCCAAUGGAAGCACUCCUACUGAGGAGGCACCAAAAGAAGAAGGUGAAAAGGUAGAGGGUGCCGAAGCCAAUGGAGAGAAGGAGCCUGCCGCCACUAAUGGAGAAGCUUCUGCCAAACCUGAGGAAGGCGCUCCGUCUACUAGCGAGGAUGGCAAGCAGAAGAAAAAGCGUUUCUCUUUCAAGAAACCGUCCUUCAAGCUCAGCGGCUUCUCUUUCAAGAAGACCAAGAAAGAGUCCGAAGAGGCGACAGAGGACGGUGCGGCGGCGGGAGCAGCAGCAGAACCAGCCGAAGGGGAGAAGGCGACAUCUGAGGCACCUACUGAAGAGGCCAAGCCAGAUGAGGCCAGCGAGGAAGCCAAGGAAGCUGCAGCUGAGGAACCAAAGGCCGAGGAGGGGAAGGCAGAGGAAGCCGGAGGAGAGGAAAAGCCAGCUGAAGCUUCACCUACUGAGCCAGAAACAGCAGCCAGUCCAGAGGCCACGGCUGCUGCCGCCGAGUAAUCCUGCUGAACCAGACAACAGAAUGAAGGAGACAAUGUAGCCCAUCUGAAGGAAUGCGAGGACUUUGUCUAAAACCAGGGAUUUUUUUUGGUUUUUUUGGUUUUGUUGUUUUUGCUUUAGUGUUUGUUUACUACUCUGCAACCAUCUCAUCCAUAACUGCAAUGUCCCUGGCAGUGAUGGACAGGAGGUGUAAUGGAGAGUGUGCUGCUUCCUCACUGCUUAUUGGUGCUUGCAUUUGUGACAUGGGUGAGUGUGAGAGUGCAAAUGUGAGUGGGAAUUUUUACUUUUUUUCCCCCCCCCCUUAUUUUAUUUUUUUUUCUUUUUCUACAUGAAACCAUGACUGUCAACACGUUGCUGAAUUUGACACAUAUUUAAUCAGAAGUGUUUGGUGCUGGGCAAUUGGAUGUAGCAGCUAAAGCUGUGUCUGCAAGAUCUGACACAUUGUGGUAUUUAAAGGGAAAGUCCAAGUCUUAAAUGUUGUCAUUGCAGUGCACAGUUGUUUACAACUCUUGAAGCUCAACGCUCCUGUGGACACAAACCAUUCCUGAAUGAACUAGAUUUAGUCAACUGUUAAAACAGUAGGUGCUCAUCACUUUCCAUUAGAUUCCACUGUUUCCAAACUCUGUAGUAACGCACGUUGUAUAGACUUUGAUAUUACUGGUUUUAUGACUGAGAUGUACCUAAAUGACUGAAGUUUUUAACAGAUUACCCAUUGUAAAUGAAGUUUUCUUGUUUUUUCACCAUUUGUAAGAUUGAAUAAAAUUGGGAGAUGUUUUAAGCAAGUUUCGCAUCAAGCUGUGAUGACUACAAUGCCUACAAUACCUAAAAAUCUACACAAGAAAGCACAUAAAUCCGUGGUUGGGGGUACUGUCUUUAAACAGCAUUGGGGGUUUUUUUCUCUUUUUGUUUUGUAUAUGAAACUCACCUUAUUCAACAUGAAAUGUAACAAUAUCUGCAAACUGGUAUUAAGGUGUUCAGUUUAUUAUAUGUGAGUACUGCUGAAGAAUAAAGCAACAAAAUGUGGAUUGGCA